UGCUGCCCCUGCUUCAGUGCCGAAGACCACAUCAGACUUUACAGUAUGAGAUUCUGCCCCUUCGCUCACCGGGCUAGACUUGUUCUGAAUGCCAAAGGGAUCAAGCACGAAACGAUCAAUAUCAACCUGAAAGACAAACCUGACUGGUUCCUUGAGAGGAACCCCCUCGGUCUUGUCCCCACACUGGAGACCCCUGCUGGUGAGGUGAUCUACGAGUCCCCCAUCACCUGUGACUACCUGGAUGAAGUUUACCCUGAGAAGAAGCUGCUUCCUUCCUCUCCUUAUGGUAAAGCUCAACAGAAGAUGAUGCUGGAGCAUUUCUCUAAGGUAACUCCAUACUUCUACAAGAUCCCAACUGGGAGAAAGAAUGGAGAUGAUGUCUCAGGGCUGGAGGCUGAACUGAAAGAGAAGUUUGCCAAAUUAAAUGAGGACCUUGUCAACAAGAAAACCAAGUUCUUCGGCGGUGAUUCCAUCACAAUGAUCGACUACAUGAUGUGGCCAUUCUUUGAGAGGCUUGAGAUCUUCGAACUGAAACACUGCCUUGACGGCACACCUGAGCUAAAGAAGUGGACCGAGUGCAUGAUGGAGGAUCCCGCUGUCAAAGCCACCACACACAGCAUGGACACCUACAAGGCUUUCUACCAGAGCUACGUGGACGGGAAACCCAACUACGACCUGGGCCUGUAGGAAAAAAAAAAAACCCUGAAGAAUCAUUUUUUAUUUUAUCUGCGUGUUUGUUCCUCGUUAAUCAGAGAGGUACUCGAAAGCAAAUUGAAUAUUGCCAAUAAUUAUAUUUAUUUCUGACCAUAUCUCAUGGUGAAGGAUAUAUGAAAAUCACUUACUAACCCAUUCUUAAACCACUUUUCUAUUAGCUCUUUAUUGCUGCAAGUUCCUCAUGCAAUAAAACCAGUUGAACCUCUGUAACUGAAAGCUGUUGCCUACACUUUUUUCUACAGGUCUGCACUCUGCUUUUUUUUAACAAAAUCACUCAUUAAGAACCAUUAUCACUCUCAGAAAAUGUAAUCAGGAAUAGAAUAAGAACAACUGCGCUUUUUGAGGUGUGUGUGUGUUUCAAAAUAAAA